CAAAAUCAGUAGAGAAAACAGCCAAGUGCAUAUCAGGACUUGACAAACUCCAAACCUUAAGAUUGAGAUCAAAAGAUCGAUUUGGUCAACCUUUAGACCUCGAGUUGAGUCCUUUGAAGUACCAUCAGUCUCUUUCGAACUUAUAUUUGUUUGGAGUGAUAAAGGAUGGGAUUAAAUACCUUCCCCUGAAUCUCAAAGUCCUAACAUUGUCAAUGUCAAAACUCACAGAAGAUCCAAUGCCGGUGAUAGGGAAGCUGCUGCCUCAACUGAACGUCCUCAAGAUUCUUGCUUUCUCUUAUCUAGGGUCGGAAAUGAGAUGUGUUUCAGGGAACUUCCCUAAACUCCGCGUCUUGAAAUUGUGGAUGCUAGAAAACCUAGUUCAGUGGACAUUGGAGGGAGGUGCCAUGCCCCAACUUGUGGAGAUAGAAAUUAGAGGUUGCAAAAAAUUGACAAAGUUGGAUGGAUCAGAGCAGCUGCCUACCCUGAAGGAAUUACUUUUAACAAACAUGUCACUGGAUUUUGUUGCAGAUGUUAAAAAAAGGUUGGGAAGAGACAUAUUACUCACCAAUGAGUGGGAGCCUUCGUCCCUCGCAUGAUUAAUGCUCGUGGAUACUGGAGACUGGAAUAAAAUGCAGUUUUAAUUUGGAGUCAAGACUGUCAAAAGACUUCAAAGAGUUGAUGUGCUGCAAAAAAAAAAAUGCAGCUUGUUGUGUCUCUGUUGUUCACAACACCGUUCUUUUUAUGUAAAAUACACUGCAACUCUAUUUUUAACUUGUGUUUGGCUUAAUUAAAU